AUGUCUGGCAGGAGCGGAUACGUUCGAAUCGAGCAAGCCUCAAGGUCAAAGCCCAAGCACACAAAGGAAAAUGAAAUUAAAUUACAGAAAGACACGGGAUCACUAUUUUUCCCACAGUCAACACUUUCGACUCUUCAAAAUAGAGUAAAAUCCCAAAUUGAGAAGGAAAUUCUUUACAAUGAUGAGACAGCUCUUAUAAGUCAAGAUGAGAAAAUUAGAGCUCGGGUGGGAUAUGCUAUCGCACAAACGCCCACAAUCCCUAAAGACUUGCCGUCUCUGGUGGAGAAAUCAUCUUUUCGUGCCAUGAUGGAUGAGAAGAGUUCAAAGUGUAGGAAUGGAAUACGGCGGGUUUUCGGCAUAAAGGGAAGUGAAAAUACGCAACCCGGGUCGAAAAUAUCCGAAACUACCUCUACAGACUCUAACAAUCUUGAUGAAUCAGAUUUGAUCGGAGUCCAGAUCCAAAGCGUAUUGUCUCACUCCAUUUGUCGCUCUAACACCACCACGACUCAACUCAAAAGAUGGCUAGGAAAUAGAAGAUUGGCCGAGCCGUGGGGUAAGCUUGGCAAAGAUCCAGAGUUAUUUGAUCCAAAUGGUGACACUCUUAUCUACUUUUGCGAUGCUCAAAAGGAAUUUCCACGUCCGCCGCCAUCAUUUCGCUUGAACUCACAUAUAAUCGAAGCUUCUGAACUAGUCGUACUUAUCAAGCUAUUACGAGCUAGUUGUACUGAGAAUGUUAUACAUGCCGCACAUGAUUCUAAUGAUCAGUCAUGUAACAAUAUGUCAACUUCAAAAGUCAGUAGCUACGAUGGCCUUGUUUCCUACGAAAUUUUCUUUCCAGCUCCACGUGAACUAUCACAAACGGAAGUUCUACGUCAUCAGGUCACCACUCGCAAUGUUUUUGCAUUACUAUUAAAUGCUUCCCUAGUAGGUGAGACCAUUUAUCAAGCGCUCUAUGAUCUCCGAGAUCGUGUGGAAGAAUAUAUGCCAGCAAAUGGCGAUUCAGCAGGGCUAAUAAUAGAAUGGAUCACGAGAAGAGGUAUUGACGAUCCCCGUCAAAACCCGUCAACUGCAUUGUCUUUCCUAGCCUGGACGGAAGGAGAUGGAGUUCGCUGGGAAGAAGGGUGGAAAGAGGCCUACUGUCACGCGGUUGGUAUGCGUGCCAUUGAUCUUGACAGUAAAUUUGAGUUUCUUCCGGAGUAUGGAUAUCUAUCAUCGAUAACUAAGAAACUGCUAGAUAGAUCGAGUAUGGAGCUUCAAUUACUCGUUCGAGAAUGCGAGUAUCGGCUUAACACUUUUGAUUUUACCGAUAUGUGGAGUGCUUUUGACCAUUGUGGCCCCUCUACCACGACUGGACGCUCUGCAUUUGCUCGACUCCGCAAAUUUUUUGUACAACACUACCAGAAAGUAUUUAGUACAUGGCCUCCGAAUUUUGUGGAUAAGAAAAAUCAAUGGCUGACAAGAAGCUUAUCGAAGCGGCUUAGUCAAGAUUUUGCCGUUCUCUAUGACUAUUUGGUCGAUAGAGCCGUCUCGUGGGACUGUGAGGAGGAACGUGCGGGCCGAAAGUGGAAGAUGAAGUGCUCUACAAACGAGAAAUUCGAUCCAGAUACGCCUGAUUUUCCUAUGACUGAUAUUCUUGUCUCUUUUGAUAGUCGCAUGGGCUAUCCUCAUAUUCCCCAUCCCUAUUGCCUGACUCCACAGCUAAGUAAAGCUAGACUCCUUCAGAGGAGUAGCAAAAGAGCAACGAAGAAGAUGCGACAGCAAGAAGAUUUCAUGAACGAAAAACAAGCAGCAAUGGCAUACCAAAACUCCACCAACAUUUUUAUUCUAGGCUCAAAGUUUGUCACCAAUGAUCUAGUUGAUGCCUAUAUCCAAUUUGAACUCGGAGAUCGACCUGCAGAUGAUGAUCCUUAUAACGCCCGACGAGAACGCUGGGUUUUGAUUUACGGGGUUCUUCAGGUUCUUGCUUCGGUCUCAGUGGACACACCUAACCUACGCUACGAAAAAUAUGUUGAUUAUCAUCUCCGUACUUCUCUGCGCAGGGUACCCCCUUGGCCGGGUGCAAACCAGAAUCAGCUAGAGGCGGAGCAUAGUAAUAGCCACUGCUGGACAGUUCCGGCCCAAUGGCGCACCCUACAACCCAUUGUAGUCGGCCGUCGUCCACAGCUAUCGCCCCAGGCCUCUCUUAGUAGCGGAUUCCGUACCUCAUCCUCUCAAUAUGAUGGUGUGCGACGUGUAUCGGCUUUACCUUAUUCCUCUCAUGAUACAGAAUCUAUAUUAUCGACCCCUAGAGAUGUUAAUUCCAGCUUGUCCAAUCACUAUCCACUUUGCAUAUCACGUGAUAAUUGUAGCCGUGCAAAUGAGGAUUAUUUUUUUGCCGUGAUGAUUGAUAUUUUUACUUUGAGAAUUUUGCCUCAUUGUUUGGCUAUAAAUUUACUUAGAGUUGCCUAUUGA